AUGACUUCGUCAAAAUUAACCAUUUCCCGCUGCAUUCUUUACAUUGCCAUUUUUGUAGAAAGGGCCGGUGCGGUCGACCUUGUUGAGCUUCUGGCCGUUGAUUGCAGGCCAUCGAACAAUUUUACCGCCGGGAGUGAAUACCAAAACGAGUUGAACAUUGUCCUGAAUUAUCUUCAGAGAGCAACUCCUGCAACAGGGUUCGCUUUUGAAUACGUUGGGGAAGCAAAAACUGGUAGUGGGAUAUAUGGCCGAGCCCUCUGUAGAGGAGACAUUUCAGCUACGGAAUGCAAAACCUGUAUUGAUGCAGCUAUCACGGAGCUUCGCCAAAACUGUACUUUCAGGAAAGUAGCAGGUGCUUGGUAUGAAGGCUGUUUUGUGAAGUACAGCAACCAGGACAUAUACAGCAAACUUGAUCGCGGAAGGUACUACGUUUGGAGAGAGCAGAAUGUAAGCAGCCCUGCUUCAGCAAAAAUGGUGGUCGAGUUUUUGAAUCAUCUGUCGGAUAAAGCUGUCACUUCUCCAAAGCUGUUUUCGAAAGGAGAAGUUAAGGUCACACAAUCAUCAGAAACUCUGUACGGGUUGGUUCAGUGUGCUUUGGAUAUUUCCGCGGCUGAUUGCAAGACUUGCUUUAGUGCGCUGAUAGCCGCCGGCGAUGAGCGCCUGCCCGAGCUCCGCGACAGCCGCGCCACCAGCACACCGCACUCCAGCUCUGCGCACCACCACCGCCACUCCAGCUUUCCUCCGGUUCUGUCUGCUGUCCUCCUCCGCCGCUGCUGUCGGCUAUCUCCACCAGCGGUCAACCUCCUACUUCCUCCCUCGCGCGCAGCUUUCGCCCACAACCAGACCACCUCACGGUCCACUUCGCUGAGGAGCCGCGCCGCCGCCUGCUCGAGCUCCACAACCACCGCUACCAGCCAUCACUGUCGCACGCUGCCAGCGCCGCAGCCCAGCCCGCGGGCCUGUUGCCCUCCACCAGCUCAGGGUCGCCCCCACCUCAGCCACGCCAACAUCCCAACCUCCCUGGUGCCAGGAGAUGAUUUGAGCAUUUUCUGGGUUCAUUUAGAACUGAAUUGA